UUCCGCCAUUUUGAAGAACAUUUCUUCUUCCUCGAAGAGAGCAGGGAUAGUUCGUCGAUCUCGAAUUUAACAUACAUCAAAUCAUUAUAUUCGGAACUUUAUAGGAAAAAAAGAACAUAGCUGUACAUUAAUUUUUAGGUAGUGUCCGCUUACAACUAUUUUCCCCACGCUUUUUUCCUAAUUGUAGUUAGAUUGUCAUUCGGAAGAAACGCUAUGCCGAGUCACCCGCUGCGCGUGGCGGUGGUGUGCUCGAGCAACCAGAACCGCAGUAUGGAGGCGCACAAUAUUCUCAGCAAGCGUGGUUUCGAGGUGCGGUCAUUCGGGACCGGGACCCACGUGAAGCUACCAGGCCCAGCACCAGACAAGCCCAAUGUGUACGACUUCAAAACUACUUAUGAGCAGAUGUACAACGAUUUAGUGCGCAAAGACAAGGAACUAUACACGCAGAACGGCAUCCUGCACAUGCUGGACCGCAACAAGCGCAUUAAGGUGCGGCCCGAGCGCUUCCAGAGCUGCAAGGACCAGUUCGACCUGGUGAUCACCUGCGAGGAGCGGGUCUACGACCAGGUGCUGGAGGACCUGAGCUCCCGGGAACAGGAGACCUUCCAGCCAGUUCACGUCAUCAACGUGGACAUUCAGGACAACCACGAGGAGGCCACGCUGGGCGCCUUCCUCAUCUGCGAGCUUUGCCAAUGCAUUCAGCACACCGAGGACAUGGAGAACGAGAUGGACGAGCUGCUGCAGGAGUUUGAGGAGAAGAGCAGCCGGCCCUUCCUGCACACGGUCUGCUUCUACUGAGGCGCGCGCGGCCCCCCUCCGCGGCAGGCCCACGCCCACGCGCGGCACGCAGCCCGCACCCGCCGCCUCACACGCACCCCCACCCCCCCCCAAACCUGCAGAAGCGCCCCUAGCGUCCCGUCGCCUGGCAACCCGGCUUAAAAAGCGCCCGAGCGCGGAGAGGUGUGGGGAAACGCUGGUCCUGGCCGUGUGCUCCCUGCAGGGCUGUACAGAGUCCGGCCACAUCGCUACGCGGGUUACCCUCACACUCAUUCACACGGUGAAGCCCCUCAUAUAAAUACACACACAC